CUCUUCUUCAGUAGCUCUCAGUCCUUCCCUUCUUCUCCGGGAUCCUCCUUUCUCACAAACCCAUUAAAAUGAGAGCAAAGCUUUCCGCCGCCGUGACUGCCGUCGUCUUUCUUUGCAUCUUCCAGUUCCAGUCCCUAUCUCAAGCCGAAAAGCUCAAAACUUUCCGAUUUGAGUAUGGAAACUUCAAUCAAAGUUUCUACAACAUUUUGGAUGUCAAAAACGCAACAAUCAGCAAUGGUGCCCUCCAAAUCACCCCAGACACGGCCCAAGAGGAAUCGUAUAUGCUCAACACAUCCGGAAGAAUCUUCUUCAGCAAGUCCUUCAGGCUCUGGGAUAGCAGCGACGUAAAAACCAGAGUCGCAUCUUUCAACUCAUCUUUUCUCCUGAACAUUUUCCCCCAGAAGGGCUUCGCCGCCGAGGGGGUCACGUUCUUGAUUUCUCCGACCAAGGACGCGCCGCCGGCGAACAGCUACGGGGAGUAUUUAGGGCUCACAAACGCCACCACGGAUGGGAACUCGCGUAACCAAAUCGUGGCCGUUGAAUUUGAUACUUUCAAGCAGGAUUACGACCCGGAUGGAAAUCACGUAGGGCUUGAUAUAAACGGGGUUAGAUCUAAAAUGGUUGAAUCUUUAGGGCCUCACGGGAUAAUUCUGGCCCCUAUUAGUACAAUCGCGAUUUACUAUAAUAUCUGGGUGUGUUAUGAUGGGGUAGCUAAGGUUAUAGAAGUCUACAUGGCCGAGCAGAAGAGAAACGACCCAACACCGCCGCGCCCAUUUUCGCCGGUGCUAAGAUCGGAAAUAAACCUCCGGGAGCAUCUGAAUCAAGAAUCCUAUUUCGGGUUCUCCGCUUCAACUGGGAUUAAGUUCCAGCUAAACUGUGUUUUGAGAUGGAACUUCACAAUUGAGUAUUUCCCGCAAAAGAAGGGAUCUUUGUGGGUAAUUGCGGUGGCGAUGGCGAUGGCGGUGGCCGUGGUGGUGGGGAGUAUAAUUGGGGGGGUUUGGGUUUUGUGGAGGAAGAGGAGGGUGAGAUCUAAGUCAGCUAUAUUGGGGGCACUUCAGUCAUUGCCUGGAACAGCUAGGGGGUUUGAGUUUAAGGAUUUGAAGAAGGCUACUAACAAGUUUGAUGAGAAGAAUAAGCUUGGAGAAGGGGGGUAUGGGGUGGUUUAUAAAGGGGUUUUGGCUGGAGAGGAGUUGGAGAUUGCAGUGAAGAUUUUCUCAAGAGAUAGUAUCAAACAGGAGGAUGAUUUCUUGGCUGAGCUUACCAUCAUUAAUCGCCUCCGCCAUAAGCAUCUUGUCAAGCUUCUUGGAUGGUGCCACAACAAGCAUGGGAAGUUGCUUCUGGUGUAUGAGUACUUGCCUAAUGGCAGUUUGGAUAAGCAUCUGUUCUCAAAGUCAGGGGGAGUUCCUCUCAGCUGGAACCUCAGAUACAAGAUUGCAUCCGGGGUGGCCUCGGCCUUGCACUAUCUGCACAACGAGUACGAGCAGACAGUGGUGCACCGUGACCUCAAGCCAAGCAACAUCAUGCUCGACUCCAACUUCAACGCCCGCCUCGGCGACUUCGGCCUGGCACGGGCGCUAGACAACGAGAGAUCCUCGUACUCUGAGACUGCGGGAGUGAUGGGCACAGUGGGCUACAUUGCGCCCGAGUGUUUCCACACCGGAAAGGCCACUCCGCAAUCUGAUGUCUACGCGUUUGGGGCGGUCUUGCUGGAAAUAGUGUGUGGCAAGCGCGCUGGAGCCAAGAUUGGCGGUUUUGAGUACUUGGUAGACUGGGUUUGGCACUUGCACCGGGAUGGACGGAUCCUAGACGCAGUCGAUGGGACGCUAGGAGACGAGUAUGCUGUCGAAGAAGCCGAGAGACUGCUGCUCCUUGGGCUGGCUUGCUCACAUCCUACUGCCAAUCAAAGGCCACAAACAUCAGCCAUAGUUCAAAUGAUGCUAGGGUUUUUACCUGUGCCACAUGUUCCACCCUUCAAGCCUUCAUUUGUGUGGUCUUCCAUGGUUCCAACCAGCAUAGAUUCUAGUUUAACUGAGACCUCAAGCUUUACAACUUCUCUGAAUAGCUCUGCAGUGUACACUCAAUAGUUUUUUUUUUUUUUUUUUUAAUACAACCAACUCUAUUACAUUGUAAUAUUUGUCCAUACAUACUUUCUCAACCUGUUGAAGCAC